AUGGCCAUCAUUUUGAGGUUUGUUGAUAAAGAAGGUUUCAUUAGGGAGCGUUUCUUUCAUGUUGUGCAUGUUAGAGACACUACUGCAUUAACUUUAAAGAAUGAGAUAUGUGCUAUCCUUUCUCAUUACAACCUCCACAUUGAAAAUAUUCGAGGUCAAGGAUAUGAUGGGGCUAGUAAAAUGCGUGGUGAAUGGAAUGGAUUACAAACUCUUUUUCUUAAAGAUUGCCCAUAUGCUUAUUAUGUAUAUUGCAUGGCUCAUAGGUUGCAAUUAGCUUUAGUUACAGCAUCUAGAGAAGUAAAAGAUGUUCAUCAAUUCUUUGAUCAUUUGGUUAAUAUUAUCAAUAUUGUUGUUGGUUCUAGUAAGCGUAAUGAUGAAUUGCAACAUGCUCAAGCAGAACAAGUUGAGAAUAUGAUUGCUUCUAAUGAAAUUGAGACUAGAAAAGGUGCAAACCAAAUUGAUGCUUUGCAACGAGCUGGAGAUACUAGGUGGGGAUCUCAUUUUCAAUCUAUUUGUAAUUUGAUUAAAAUGUUUGAUGUUGCUUGCAAAGUUAUCAACACUAUCUUUGAGGAAGGGACUAACUAUAAACAACACGAUGAUGCCGAGGGAGCUUAUCAGAAAUAUUAUCCUCAAGAUUUCAUUGAACAAGAACAAGAACUUUUGGAAUCUCAAUUGCAACAUUAUGAGCUUGAUGUGAUAAAACAUCUAGAUUUUCAUAAUAUGAGUACAAUUUCCGAGCUAUCAACUACAGAACGAGCUUUCUCAGCUAUGAAGUUGUUAAAAACAAGACUUCGCAAUAGAAUGGAGGAUGAGCUUCUGGCAGAUAAUAUGAUAGUUUAUAUAGAGAAGGAAAUUGCUGAGAAUUUCACUGUAGAGAUGAUAAUGGAUGAAUUUUAUUCUAUGAAAAAUCGUCGUCAGGCAUGA